AUGUUUCAUCCUACUUCUCUUGAAGAUGGAAAGCUGGCAAAGGCUGAGGAAAUCAUCUCUUAUCGAUUUGCGAACCGGCUUGGGCUUCGACGAGCCUUACAGCUAGCAGACAGCAUCCACCAGAAUGGGAACAAGGACCUAGCUCUGCUUGGUGAUACUGUCAUCAGGUUGAUUCUUGUCAAGGAGGGCCUUCGUCGCGAUGCGACACGUGGCCAGAUAAACAACGUCGUAUCGGAGAAAUUGUCCAACGCCUAUCUUGCGCAGCGAGGAUUCUUCAAAGGCCUCGCGGAAUGUGUAUUUGCCAAUCGAUCCCAAGGGAACACAGUCUACCCGGGCCCUAUGGCCUCUACCGUAGAGGCUAUCGUUGGGGCUGUCUUCAAUGAUAGUGGGGAGAAGAUGACGGUUGUCCAAGGAGUCAUGGAGGCUUUGGGCAUUUCUUGGCCUGAGUGA